AUGGACACCACGGAGAUACCCCGCAAGCUCUGGGAGCAUCCGGACCCCCGGAGCACGCAAAUGUACCAAUUCCUACAAUCAGUGAACUCUGCCUUCAAUCUCCAGCUCAAGACCUUUAAUGACCUUCAUAAUUGGGCCGUAGCCAAUCGCGCCAGCUUCUACGGCCACCUUUUCACCUACGCCAACUUUAUUCAUGAGGGGCAUCCGUCAUUGGUCGUGGACGAAUCGCUCCCGAUAGACGCUGUCCCCAAGUGGUUCCCGGGUGUGUAUCUCAAUUGGGCCGAGAACCUCCUCUUUUCUCGAAAUGCAUCCGACCCCAUCGGCUACCAUGGCACCACAGGCAAGGAAGACGACAAGGUCGCAGUCACCGAGAUCCGGGAGGGCAACCGUGGCGAUGUGCGAAAUCUCACCUGGGGGCAGCUUCGCCGGGAUGCGGGGAGUCUAGCGGCCGCCAUGAAAGCGCGGGGCGUCACAGAGGGAGACCGCAUUGUUCUUGUCGGUGCCAACUCCAUUGAGACGCUCCUUGUCUUCACGGCAGCGACCUGGCUCGGCGCCAUCUUCAGCAGCUCAUCAACGGACAUGGGUGUCAAGGGGAUCUUGCAGAGAACUACCCAGGUGGACCCCAAGUUCAUCUUCUUCGACGACGCCACGGUGUACAACGGUAAGACGGUCGACCUGAGAGGCAAGAUGGCCGAAGUCGUCUCCGGGAUGGGCUCCUGUCCCUCAUUCUCCGGCGUCAUCUCUAUCCCGCGCUUCUCCAAGCCGUACGACGUGACUUCGUCCAAGACUGAGACGUGGUCCAGCUUCCUCGGCUCUCCGUCUGCACCGCCACCCUUCACCCGCAUUCCGUUUCACGCGCCAUUCCUCAUCUAUUACUCCUCCGGCACAACGGGUAUCCCCAAAGCCAUCGUCCAUACCGUCGGCGGUGUCAUGCUCAACUGCUUCAAAGAGGGGCGUCUGCACGAGGAGAUGUCAUCAGAGUCUGUGUGUCUGCAGUACACAACCACUGGCUGGAUCAUGUACCUCAGCAACGUGGCGGCGUUGCUGGCCGGAGCCCGCGCCGUCAUGUACGACGGCUCACCCUUUGUUCCCGACUUGGCAUCUUUCAUCCGGAUUCUCGGGGAACAACGCGUGACGAAGCUGGGUAUCAGCCCGAGGUGGAUGUUUGAGGUGGCCAAAAACAAGAUCAGUCCGCGGCAUGUGACUGACCUCAGCUCGCUGCGGGUCGUGACCAGCACGGGCAUGGUUUUAUCGGAUCAGUUGUUUGAGUGGUUUUACGAUGUUGGUUUUCCGAAGCACGUCCACCUGGCUAACUUGUCAGGCGGAACAGACAUUGCCGGCUGUUUUGGUAUGGAAAACCCCCUCGACCCAGUCUAUGUCGGCGGCACUCAGGGCCCCUCGCUUGGCGUGCCCAUUGCCAUUUACGAUGCAGAGCUCCAGAACGGUAAAGGUAAGGCAGUGCCCCACGGAACACCCGGGGAGCUUGUUGCCACAGCCGCCUUUCCCAACAUCCCGUGCUAUCUCUGGGGUGAUACCACUGUAAUUUCGCCCUCCUCAACAAGCUUUGCCUCGGCGAAACCUGGGACAAAGUACCACUCGGCGUAUUUUGCCCGCUUCGACCACGUCUGGGCUCAUGGCGACUUCUGCUCCAUACACCCAAAGACAGGCAACAUCUCCUUCUUGGGACGUGCUGACGGCGUGCUGAACCCAAGUGGUAUUCGAUUCGGCAGCGCGGAGAUCUAUGCCGUCAUUGAGCGGAACUAUUCCAGCAAGAUCGUCGAUAGUCUGUGCGUCGGACAGCGAAGGCCCAGCGACGAUGACGAGAGCGUUAUGCUGUUCCUUAUGAUGCGAGAGGGCGAGACGUUCGACCGAAAGCUGGUGGCCGAAGUCAAGGAUGCCAUCAAGAGGGAGCUGACGAAGAGACACGUGCCGAAAUACGUUUUCCAGACUCCCGAGAUACCAACAACCGUGAACCUGAAGAAGGUGGAGCUGCCGGUGAAGCAGAUCGUAUCGGGCCACACCAUCAAGCCGAGUGGCACGCUGCUCAACCCACAGAGCCUGGAUUUCUACUACCAGUUUGCCAAGGUUGAGGAGAUUACCCCCGGCAAGGAGAAACUAUAA